AUGAGGUUCACUGUUAUAUGUUUAGUCAUUCUGCAUGCCUAUUUGUUCGAAGUUGAUGCGGUUUACAACAAGGAUGUCACUUGCGUGAUUGAUCAGGGCCAAGAAAUGGUAUGUAAAACAUCAGAAAGGAUCAAACGUCGGAGCAGUUCGCUCGCCAACGAACCAUCUCACGACCCGUACAUACCCAGGAACAACACCAUACUGUACAACUGUUCCUCCACAUGUACCGCGACUACGUUCACUUCCAUGACGCAGCUGACUGCUCCCAGCCUGUUCCUCAGAUCCUGCUUCAUUGAAAUUACCAAAGAAGAUACCUAUGCUUGUGAAACGAUUAGAUACCACUACUUAAAAAACAGCGACAAAAUAUUAUUCUUAUCGAAGACCAUACCAGACAAAACUUUCUACUUGGUCGACUGUUUGAUUUAUUUAGACGGUGGAAGGGUCUGCCAUAAGAAAGAUGAUGAAACUUCACAUGCUAAGCUUGUCGAUACAGGGACUCUAGCGAGACCCAACGAGACCAAUAUCUUAUCCCAGGAGGAGUUUAUAUGUGAGGAAGAUGUCACACGAAAAGUCAACUGCGACCUUAAUCCGUACAUACCUUUUGAAAAUGGAUUAAAAUUUAAGGAAAUGAUGAAGUUUGAUGAUAGCGUGUUACUUAAGUCAAGUUCUUACGUCAUUGAUCUGAAACGCACCUGCACUGAAGCCUGGUGCGGCUACUCGGGGUCCCCAGCUUCCUCACGAAGACAGUAUUCUUACAGUCCACCUGGAGGUAAAGUAUUCAGAUGUUUCUACGCGAAGAAACAGCAAGUUUGCAAAGUAUUGGGUGAUCCCGAUAAGAUGAUUUACAACAAUCGAGGUUAUCUAUAAGUAUUUUA